GCGCGCCACUGACAGGGUGGCAGCCUAGGAGCGGACGCGUUGCCGCCGCCGCUGCUCCUCCUCCUCCUCCUGCAGCUCUUCUCGCUGCCGCUGCUGCCGCCACCGCCGCCGCCGGGAGAAGUUUCACUCUCGACCCUCGCUCGGAGCCCCGGCCCAGAGCUGAGCGGGAGCCCGGCAGGCAGCUGCAGCCCGCGGCAGUCGAGGCGUCCGCGGCGCUCCGAUCUCCAGCCGGUGUCGGCGCCUAGGCGGCCGGCUGCGGCCACGGCUGGGGGCGCAAAGGCGGAGGAGGGGCGGGUGUGAGCCGGCGAAACCGCGUGCCGCGCCGCGACAGCCCAGCGAGCGUCCGCGCCCGGGACAGCCGCGAUGGCUGUGCGCUCUCGCCGCCCGUGGAUGAGCGUGGCAUUAGGGCUGGUGCUGGGCUUCACCGCCGCGUCCUGGCUUAUCGCCCCCAGGGUGGCGGAGCUGAGCGAGAGGAAGAGACGCGGCUCCAGCCUCUGCUCCUACUACGGUCGCUCUGCUGCUGGCCCCCGCGCCGGCGCUCAGCAGCCGCUCCCCCAGCCCCAGUCCCGACCACGGCAGGAGCAGUCGCCGCCCCCCGCGCGCCAGGAUCUCCAGGGGCCACCGCUGCCCGAGGCAGCACCCGGGAUCGCCAGUUUUCGAAGCAGCCCCUGGCAGCAGCCACCUCCGCUGCAGCAGCAGCGGCGGCGAGGACGCGAGCCUGAGGGCCCGACGGGGCUUCCCGGUGCUCCAGCGGCCGAGGGGGAACCCGAGGAGGAGGAUGGGGGCGCGGCUGGGCAGCAGAGAGACGGCCGGCCGCGGAGUAGCCACAACGGCAGCGGGGACGGGGGCGCUGCCGCCCCGAGCGCCCGACCCCGGGACUUCCUGUACGUGGGGGUGAUGACCGCGCAGAAGUACCUGGGCAGCCGCGCGCUGGCCGCGCAGCGGACCUGGGCGCGUUUCAUCCCGGGCCGCGUGGAGUUCUUUUCCAGCCAGCAGCCCCCCAACGCCGGCCAGCCCCCGCCACCCCUGCCUGUCAUCGCGCUACCGGGUGUGGACGACUCCUAUCCUCCCCAGAAAAAGUCCUUCAUGAUGAUCAAGUACAUGCACGACCACUACCUGGACAAGUAUGAGUGGUUCAUGCGCGCCGACGACGAUGUCUACAUCAAAGGUGAUAAAUUAGAAGAGUUUCUUAGAUCGCUAAACAGCAGUAAGCCUCUCUACCUGGGACAGACUGGCCUGGGGAAUAUUGAAGAGCUUGGAAAGCUGGGACUGGAGCCUGGGGAAAACUUCUGUAUGGGAGGACCUGGCAUGAUCUUUAGCCGAGAAGUUCUCAGGAGGAUGGUGCCACAUAUUGGUGAAUGCCUUAGAGAAAUGUACACGACUCACGAGGAUGUGGAAGUAGGAAGAUGCGUUCGCCGUUUUGGUGGGACUCAGUGUGUCUGGUCUUACGAGAUGCAACAACUGUUCCAUGAAAAUUAUGAACACAAUCGGAAGGGUUACAUCCAAGACCUUCACAAUAGCAAAAUCCAUGCAGCCAUAACACUUCAUCCCAACAAAAGGCCUGCAUACCAAUACAGGCUGCAUAAUUACAUGCUCAGCCGCAAAAUUUCUGAACUUCGCUACCGCACCAUCCAGCUCCACAGGGAAAGUGCCCUGAUGAGCAAGCUCAGUAACACAGAAGUGAGCAAAGAGGACCAGCAGCUGGGAGUGAUACCUUCUUUCAACCACUUCCAGCCUCGGGAGAGAAAUGAAGUGAUAGAAUGGGAGUUCCUGACAGGGAAGCUCCUAUACUCAGCAGCUGAGAACCAGCCCCCUCGACAGAGCCUCAGUAGCAUUUUAAGAACAGCACUGGAUGAUACCGUCCUACAGGUGAUGGAGACGAUCAAUGAGAAUGCCAAGAGCAGAGGACGGCUCAUUGACUUCAAGGAAAUUCAGUAUGGCUACCGCAGAGUUAACCCCAUGCACGGGGUGGAGUACAUUUUGGAUUUACUCCUUUUAUACAAAAGACACAAGGGAAGGAAACUGACUGUGCCAGUGAGACGUCAUGCCUAUCUUCAGCAGUUGUUCAGCAAGCCUUUCUUCAGAGAGACCGAAGAGCUAGAUGUCAACAGUCUUGUGGAGAGUAUUAACAGUGAAACUCAGUCAUUCUCCUUUAUAUCUAAUUCUUUAAAGAUAUUAUCUUCUUUUCAAGGUGCCAAAGAAAUGGGAGGGCACAAUGAAAAGAAAUUACACAUUCUCGUUCCUCUCAUCGAAAGGUAUGACAUUUUCUUGAGAUUCAUGGAGAACUUUGAAAACAUGUGUCUUAUCCCAAAGCAGAAUGUAAAGUUGGUCAUUAUCCUUUUCAGUAGGGAUUCUGGCCAAGAUUCCAGCAAGCAUAUUGAGCUGAUAAAAGGGUACCAGAACAAGUACCCCAAAGCAGAAAUGACCCUGAUCCCAAUGAAGGGAGAGUUUUCCAGAGGUCUUGGUCUUGAAAUGGCUUCUGCCCAGUUUGACAAUGACACUUUGCUGCUAUUUUGUGAUGUUGAUUUGAUCUUCAGAGAAGAUUUUCUCCAACGAUGUAGAGACAAUACAAUUCAGGGACAACAGGUGUACUAUCCCAUCAUCUUUAGCCAGUAUGACCCAAAGGUAACAAACGGGGGAAAUCCUCCCACUGAUGAUUACUUCGUAUUCUCAAAAAAGACUGGAUUUUGGAGAGACUAUGGAUAUGGCAUCACCUGUAUUUACAAAAGUGAUCUUCUAGGUGCAGGUGGAUUUGAUACCUCAAUACAAGGCUGGGGACUAGAAGAUGUAGAUCUCUACAAUAAAGUCAUUCUAUCUGGCUUAAGGCCAUUCAGAAGCCAAGAAGUAGGAGUGGUGCAUAUUUUCCAUCCAGUUCAUUGUGAUCCUAACUUGGACCCUAAGCAGUAUAAGAUGUGCUUAGGAUCCAAGGCAAGUACUUUCGCCUCAACCAUGCAACUGGCUGAACUCUGGCUUGAAAAACAUUUAGGUGUCAGGUACAAUCGAACUCUCUCCUGACAGUCCAGGCAACACGUUUUGCCUUUUUUAAGGGGAGUUUACCUCAUUGUUGGUUGUUGUUAUUUUUAUUGUAUUAUUGUUAUUUUAUUAUUAUUAUUGUUAUAAUUUUAUUUUGUUGUCCUGGUCUUAAACUACUCUUGGUUGUCUUCCUAAGGGUGUUUGUUGACCUCAAGCAAGAAGAGUCUGCAGUUCACUGAUGUUUCAGAUUUCUACUGAAGUCAAUAUGUGUUAUUACUUUUAUAUAUCUUUAUUUGAGAUUGAGUUAAAUCAUAGCAAUCAAAUGACUUUUGAAACGCAUUCAUCACAAGAGACAGCUUAGAAGAAUGUUCUCUUGGGGCUUAAAGAUGCAAUAUCGACUUUUAUUUGGUUUCUCAAAUUCAAUGUGAUACAAAUAUUUACUGGUGAAAGGUACCACAAAAGUGCUUUAUGCUUCCUAUGGGGAAGGGACUCUGUAACAUAAACUUGAGUUUUGUAAUUUAUACAAGGACUUAAAUAUAUAGACAAUAAUUUUCUUCAUCUUUAGAAUUUUUAAAGUAAAUGAAUACCUAUGAUUGUAUGUUUAUUUUUUAAAAAAAGUUUUAAAAAUUGAGGAGUUUUGUUCCACAAGCAACCGGUACUGGCUACCCUGGUCUUAUGACAAUUAUGAGCUCCUCACAACUGUCUGCUAUAAAUGCGAAUGAACUUUAUUUUCUCAAGGAAAUAUGAUUUAAUUAAAUAUUCAUGUACAUUUUAGAAGCUUUAUGAAACAAUGUCCUUCAUUUGCUGGCAAGAAGAUAAAAUAUGACAGAACCUGUUUAUUUAAAAUAAAACACAGGUAUAGCAGUAUUCUUUUUCAAAAACA